GUUUAGCAAGGAGGUCCACCUUAUCUAAUUGAGAACUUCUAGUUCCUAUUUCUAAUUACAAAGGAACUCUUGUUCCUUUUUCUUUCACCAUCCAGCUUUGGGCAACAUAUCUUCCCCGUACAAGGACCCCAAUGGAAAUAAGCCACCUGAACUUUUUUAUGGGUAUUCCUAGAAAAUCUACACAUGUGUUGCUGUGUAUGAUAAUUUAAGUAAGUGUAUUUAUGUGUGGGUAUACCUGAAUAAAAACUUCCAUCGGGAAGUCGGGCUGGUCGCUGCUUAAGCUGUCAGUGGCCCUAAUAAACCCAACAAAUAAACAAAAUAGUGUUGUCAGUGGCUCUAUUAACCACACAAGGUUAAUUGGACCUAAAAUCAAGCAUUCUUAUGCAGGUGAUGAUAAAAUGGCUGAGCCACUACUCAAGCGAAUAUGCCAAGACUCACAUCAGUUGUGUGAAGACCAGGCUAAACAUAUAAAUCCACUUGAUAUAAGAAAAGCAAUCCUUCAUGAUUUAACAGAACCUUUGGUGUUUCGAGGUUACCUUUCAUCUUUUGGAUGUGAAGAUGAGUAUGUCCCUCAAUGGAAAUGUAUGGAGUGGGGUGCUUCAGACUGGCUUAAAAUUUUUGAAGAAAAGGUACUUAAGUUUCGUGUUGGCACAAGGGUGAAGGAAAAUAGAGUACUUUCAGGUCCACAGUGGGAAACAACUUGUUUAAAGGCAAAUAUGACCUUUUCAGAGUUUCUCCAAUGGUCACAAGGAAAGAGAACAAGCUUAACCUCUUGCAAUCAAGAAGUGAAUUGUAAUGAUCACUGGGCUUACUUUGAUUAUUAUUAUAUGAAGGACUUGGAGCAUGUAGACCAGAUGAAAGGGGCUGUGGAUUGGAGCUUAUUUGGGUUCCCUGACAAGGAAAUUCGUGACAGUACUUUUUGGAUGGGCACAGCUGGAGCAAACACUCCCUGUCAUAUAGAUACAUAUGGCUGCAAUCUUGUGGCACAGAUAAUUGGUAAGAAAAGAUGGAUUCUCUUCCCCAAAUCUCAGUCUCAGUACUUGUCACCCACACGUAUCCCAUAUGAAGAAUCUAGCAUAUAUAGUAAAGUUGGUUUUCCUUGUCCUAGUGUGGCCUCCCAUCCCAAAUUAAAUUUUAGCACUCCAUAUGUAGUCACACUUGAGCCAGGGGAUGUAUUGUUUGUGCCAAAACAAUGGUGGCAUUUUGUAGAGCAUAUAAACUUUGCAGUGAGUAUAAACACCUGGUUAGAACUUCCUUCUGACUGUGAGGAGCAGAUUAAGGAGUCACUAGUAAUGUAUCAGGUUUCCAGCUUGUGUCAAGGUGUUCAUUCUGUUGACCUCAUUAGUUCUGUGUUUAACCCUAAUAUGAUGGAUAUUGCUACAAUGACAUCAUCCGAAAUUUUAAAACUUUUGUUACAGCGUGUGUUUCAAGCUUCAAUCUCUAGAGAAACUAGUGUUAAAAGUUGUGACACUGAUGUAUUCAGGAAAAAAGCACUUGAACAAUCUUUAUUAAUGAAAGAAGACAAAAUCAUGGUAGAUACAAAAAUCACAGAUAUUAAUUGGGAAGAUAAAAAGUGGUGUGCAAAUCACAAAAUUGAAAAAGUUUCCAGCAUGUCAUUUUCAGAAUAUAUGAAUAAAGUUUUGGGGUGCACAGAGACAGAAGUGCCAGUGGAAAAGGCAGAAUAUUGUACUAAAGCUAAAGAUAGUAACUCAUGUGAAGAUGAGGGUAUAAUGAAAUUUUCCCAAAUUAAACUCUUGGUGGAUGCCUUUACAGAUCAAAGGGUGAUAGACAUAUUGAAAAUGGUUAUAGAUGAGAAAUUAGCAGAAACCUGAGUUUUUAUUUUAUUUUUGUGUGUAUUUUUUGUUUGGAUGUGUUUUUAUUUUUUAUAGCAAGGGGGCUAGAGACAGUGGAAAUGUCAUUUUGAGAGUGUGUAAUAUGAUACUGUAUUAGUAAGAAGAGAAUUCAAAGUGUAGAAUUUAGAAAACAUUGUAAGGUCCCCAGUGGUAUAAUUCAGAGGACUGAAAAGGGGUUAUUAAUGUGGUUUGGGCAUUUAGAGAUAAUAUUGAGGGAUAGGAUGACAAAAAGGGUGUAUAAAUCUGAUGUGGAGGAAAGGGGGGAGGGGUUGUGCCAGGAAUGGUUGGAGGGAGGGGAUAAAUGAGUCUGAAAAUUAGAGGCUUGAGGAUCCAACUUGCUUGUGUGAGCAUAUUAGACAGGAGUGAAUAAAGAUGUGUGGUUUUUAAUAGAUGUAUUGUUGGAGUGAGCAAGGUAAUACAUAUUUAUGAAAGGAUUCAGGGAAACCUGUUAGCCAGACUUGAGUCCUGGAGGUGGGAAGGUUGAAGGUAGGAGGGUAAUGUGAAUUGUGAUGUCAGCACACUUUUAGCAAGGUAUUGAUUGAAUGGAAAAUAGUGCAUGUGUUUCCUUUUUUUAUGUAGGGGAUGGGGGGUCCUCUUGCCUUAGUGGGAUAUGGCGGUCAGUAUUCUAGACAUGCAUACAUAUAGACUGCACAUAUGAAACUUUAUUUGUUUGCAUUAUAGUAAAAUAUAAUAUUUUUAAUUAUUGUACUUUACUAUCAUUCUUCACUAGCACAACCCAUUUUUCACACAAAAUUGUAUGUACUUUCCUGUAUAUUAAUAAUCUAAUGAGACACUUUUUCACUAUUUUUUCAGUAUAAGAAAUUCUUUGAAAAGUCAGUCGACUAUUUGAAUAGUUUUCAUAAUUUUUACUUUUCUCACAUAUUUCUUUACAGAGUAAUGGAUCUCAUGUGUCUAAGGUCAAGAAACUGCUGUAAGAAUAUAAUCAGUAAAAUAUGGAAUUUUUAAAUUAAAAAAAAAAACAGCUAUGUUAAAUUAAAUACUGUACAUAUAUUAUAUAUCAGGAAAAGGAAA